GUCCGAGUCAAUGCAUUGUCCGAGUAGUAACCUGCAUUAGCUCUGCACUUUUCGGCAUUGGCAGAUGCGCAGAAACAAAUUGUUUUGAUUUCAUGUUCGGCUGUAUAUUUUUAAUCAUCUUACCCACGAUUUUAUAGAUGCGUGUGCUCUAUGUCAGUGACCCAUGACGACCUGGACUGACCCUAAACAAACGAUUACGUAACCAAGCGACUUGAGUUGACUCAAGUUGAGCUUGGCCAUGGCCAGCGUAGCCAACGCCUCAGCGGCUUACACACGGAGGGCUGACAUGAAUGAAAUACGUGUGUGAUGGAAAAAGCACAACCCAUUUCGUGGUUGCCUGGCUAGCUGGCGAAGGAAAGAGGUCAGGUGACUCGUAGGCCGGACAGAUUGAACGGCUUGAAGCAUUUGAACGUAUCGUUUUAUGCAUUGUUGUCGUGGCUUUGGUGCUGUAACAUUUUUCGUGUCGACCAGCCGACUGUGACAAAUCUGGGCCCGUAAAACUUCACGUCGGCAAAAUGGCUGAGUUUCAUGCAAAAGACAUUGGGCUACGCGUCCAGAAGAAACUGCUUAGCCGCGUGAGCAACAAGAGCGUAGCCAAAGCUUUCAUUGAUGACGUCUCGGCAAGUCUUCUGGAUAACUUGUACAAACUCGUAAAGAGCGUCACGGGCAGCAAAAAAGACGCAGAAAAGGUUACGAAAAACAUUAUAAAGAUUGUCGUGAAGGUUGGCGUCUUGCACAGAAACAACCAGUUCUCACCCGAAGAGACAAAGGUGGCUGAGCAGCUCCAGCGCAAGAUGCGUGCUCUUGCCAUGGCAGUAGUAAGCUUCUACGAGAUGGACUUUUCGUAUGACCGAAGAUACCUCGUGGGUGCCUUCGACGAGUGUCGUGCUUUGCUUUCCGACCUUGUGCGAUCCCACUUAACAGCCAAGUCAAUGGGCCGAAUUGAGCAUGUCUUUGGCUUUUUUGGUAAACCAGAGACUCUCGAUUCCGUGUUUGCGGGCGACAGCGUUCACCGUGAGUGCCUCGGAAGGGUCGUCAAGGAUCUGCAUGAGGCCUUGGAUAAAGAGAGUCUCUGAGGAAGAAAGUUGGCCUGGUCAUGAAGAAGAAUGUCUGCCUCGGUGCCGACACAAUUACCUGGUGAAAAGGUUGUGCGCGCUUGGAAUGCUGGGAGAUAUGCACCACGUGCAAAUGUAGUCGCUCUAUGCAAACUCAAGGAAAGUAAGCCUUAUAGUGAGGAUUGCCAGGUUUGCUCACAAAAAGCCUUUGCAUAUUCAAGUUAGUGCAUGCAUUUGCAGGGUUAAACAUUGCCAAGUAUGUUAUCCAAACGCUGUUGGCUACUAACUGAAGAGCCAAAAGAAUGGCCUUGCCUCGAACAAAAAGAAGAAUUACUGUGUGCCUGUCUACUUUUAAUGCCUAUGUGACAUAUGUAGCUACUCCACUUGUGCCUGGUGAGGUGCCUUUAGGUGCAUGGACUCCUGUGCAUCUAUAGAACAUUGCUAUCAUGAUUCAGGUAGCAUGUUUUAUUAUUUUGCUCUGACUUGUUGCCCUUCUAAGGCAGAUACUUGGUGCCUAAAUAUAAAACUCUGAUGAGCUGCGGCGAUUGAACUUAGCCUGCAAGGAGACUUAGUGCAGCAAUUAGCUUUUCUACUGGUUUCAUGUCUUUUAUGUGUUAUUGGUUUGACAGUGCCUGCGUGGAAGAUUCUCAAGCACUUCAACUUUAAGAAACGGCGAGUCUGAACAAGUGUGGGUCUGGUCAUGAGUCAUGGAUACUAGGUGCUGAGCUAUAUGUUACAAAAAUAUUUUCUGCUUUUUGUUGAAGGAAAGUAUAACACUGCCAGAGGUCUAUAUAAUGACUUGCCACUGAUACUGUGUAGCUGAGGAUCUUAUCACCCUUUGUCACUGAGUUUCACAAAGCCGCACUCCUUCCGAUUCAUCCCACCGAAAAAACUGAUUCUGAAGCAGAAAAAUGCAUACAAAAUAACAGCCUCUGCCUAAAUAUAUGGUGGCAAAGUAAUGACCAAUUUUCUUUUGCUGCAGCUGUGGUCAGGAUCAAAUGCCCCACAUUUAAAGACGGAAGCAUAGGAUUCUAUUAAGCCGCAUUUGAAGUUAGGGUUUCAGAAUUUCAACCCGUGGUUUUAUUACAAAGCACAACUCUUUGGAAACUGCCAAAUGUAAAAAUGUUACAAAAAUUGUUGGCAAGCUAGAAUUUUAUAUUGCCUUGUACCACAGCUUAUGUGUGCCAUCAAAUCCAUCAUUGAAGGCAGAAACAGUCAAAUUUCACUUAAAUGAUCCUCAGGGGCCCAAAGAAACUGUUCGCCCAAGUGAGAUGUAAAUAUACGAAGUUGCCAUCUGUAUAAUAGCUGACUGGGUGAUGGUUGACACAAUAUUGUUUUAUUGUAAUAGUUAAAUGAGAAUGAAAUUUUGAUACUAUGUGUGUAAUAAAAAGUACCAGAACGCGGGGCUUCUUCAAGAAACCUCCUAGUGAGUACAAUUUGUUUGAUGCGGAUAUGAACUUUAUCAAUGCCAAACUGUGCCUUGCCUUUAAUAUGUUUAUGACACGGCACAUAGCCGACAUAACGCGCCAUUUUUCUUUCAUGUUAAUGGUGGCGUGUGGCCUUCUGCCACAAAACCGUAAGCAUGUGCAUGUGUUUGUGCACACUCUUUUAUACCUACUUACUCUUUCGAACACUGUAGCCUGUUGCUACUUUGUGCUGCUGCAUUUAAUCACAGCCUUUUGCCUAUAAAUAUAGCUGCCCAAGUCAUUGUUGCAUUUAACAAAAUAUUUAGAGAGGCCAUGGUAUAUGCAACUGCCUAUUUUUUUUUUUUUUAUGGUGUUACUACUAUUCACCUUCCCUCAUUACUAGAAAGCUUAUUAAUGUUGCAACAUUCCAGUUUCUCUUUCAUGCAGUUCUUUUAAAGUUCAUGCAUGUGCACACUGUCUCCGGUUUGGAUGUCCUACAAAAGCUGCGGAGGGACAAAUUUAUUGUGAUGCUGUUACUCAUGAUUGAAACAAAUAUGGCCCCAGUUAUUUGUUUCUGCUGGCCACCUUUUGCUACCUUAUUGCACAGGCCAGAUCUGUUUGACCUGUUCAUUCCAACAUACUUCCAAGGUAUGUCAGUAUACUGUUCUUGACAUAUCUGCAUUGUCAUGAUUACUGUUUGCUCAGUGGAACUCUCAUGAUGUCGAAUGCACUUGAGUGGAACGUGCCAUUUAAGAGGGUGCUUGCUCAAGGACAACUGAUGAUCAGUCCAGCUAUGCAACAAAGAAACUGUAAUGCUCUGCUGGUGGAUGUGGUUGGACAUUUACAGUUUUCCUCAUAUUGUAGAAAGCAGCCACCAAAAGUUGAAUCACUGGCUCAACUGCCUUCUAAGAAGUCUUGGAUUUUUUUUUUACUUACGUUAUCUUUAUUUAUGCAUGUUCACUUGUGUUUGACCAUACAUAAUCUUUUUUUUUUCAGCACUGCCUCUCCCCCUCCUUCCCACAUUUUUUUCCCUAAGCCUUUACUUUUGUUCUGUCUGUUUACACCUUUAUUACGUUGUUAUUGAUAAGUCUGCUUACAACUUUAUUCUAGUCUAAAGCACAUUUUACAGGUUUACCACUGGGACUAAAUGUUACUCACAAUAACGCCUCUAUUUCUUUUUUAAGUUGUGCACUUUGCUGGCACUUUGUUCAUCAUAUUUAGUUUCAGUACUUAGCAGGAAGCUGUCAAGUCUUGGAGACAUGUGCAGCAACUUUUUUUUUUUUUACUUGCAAGCCUUUUAGUCACCUCUUCACAUAGCCAAGGAGUGCCAUAAUGUAGUGUUUGGUUAUCACAGGAUCUCUAUGCAGUAGUGGAUUGUGUUCUUUAGCUGCAGAGUGUUCUAUUCAACUGAGUGAUGUGUGGCAUCUUUGACACCAUUUUUGUAUUUCAAAGGUGCAUAUUUUGGAACUAUCAUUUUUGGGGAUAUCUCUUUCAAGUGCACACUGCUUCAGUAAAUAAGUGGAUGUGAUGAAAGAAAACCGUGGGCAGGCACAUCUCAGAAUUUUCAGCGUGUUGUGGUUAUGAGCACAUGGGCAGCAAGAUGUUCCGAUAACAAAAGAUGCCCUUUAUUGCAUUGAUUCCUUAUUAUUCAUGUUAUGUUUAAAAAAGUAUGCCCCGUAAACUCGUUCUAAAAUACUGCCCUAGGUUUUUUGUUCUUUUUUCUUCAAGUGAAAUGCCUACUGGUCAGCAUUCUGUUAAAGGGAUACUGAAGGCAAAUGUCAAGUCCAGCUAAAAUGAUAAAUUAGUGUUGUGACGUGACCAAAGCAAAAUUUUUUUAUCUAGCUUUUGUAAGCAAUAAAGAGAACAUAUUGAAUUGCUAGCCCUGUGCCUUAAUGGCUCUGGGACAGCUACAGUGUUACAGGGCACACAAAGUGCUUGCAUUUGUGAGAAAAUGACAAGCUUAUCAUGGGAUUGGCACCAAUGCCAUAAAUAUAUAGAACCAACUGCCAGUGACAUUAGAGGUAUAAGUUAUUAGCACUCACCCAUCCAGUAAAAAAGAAUGGACAUGAAUAAAAAGAAAAUCGUUUUCAACACUUUAGUGUGUUCUGUUGAAAUGAUCUCGCGCCUUUUCACAUCACUUCAUCAGUACUUUUGCGGAAGUGCAGCGCCAUCGGUGAAGCCCUCUGGGUCACCAAGGGUAUAUAAGCAGCAUAGCCUUGAUAUAACAGGAAACUUCUGCUGCACCAACAUGUGGAUGACAUACCUCUACAGUUUUUGUUAUCUGCUGCUCCCAUUUCGAGUGUUUUUUUAGAAACUGAAGCACAGUACAUAUGCCAAGAGAAUUUCGGAACCGCGCUGUUAGUCUUGCUAGACUUAAUAUUUGCCUUUAGUGUCCCUUUAAAAUGCAUCCAAUCUGAUUCAUGUCAGUUGUAAGCAGUGAACAGCUGGCGUCACCAAUGCUCCAUAAUGUUCACAUCUUGGACAUCAAGAUUCACUCGUUGCCAACACAAGGUGUAAUAGCACCUUUGCAUCAAGUUAAUGUUGUGUAGUGGAUCAGUUAACCAGCAUCUGUACUUGGAUAAAAGUGACAAUCCCAUUGUCUGAACAUGAAUGUGCACGUUGCUGCCAUUUUUCAAACCUCGGUUCAUGAAGGAGUCACUUCCUGACUAUUACCUGCAUCUUCUCAAGUCCAGUUUCUGGCUGUUUAUAAGGCUCAUGUUUUUUAUAUUUGUUAAUAACAGAGAAUAAAUAUUCACGAUACCCUAA